UAGCCCAGACCCUCCUCCGCUCCACAGCAUGUGGAUGGUCUGGCAAAGCGAGACUGCCUCUACUAAGACAACAAAUAAUUAUGUUAUACACAAGAAAACAAACUAGAUAAACACAAGACAACAAAUACACUUUAAUCACACAAAGACACUACAGAUGUAAUAAGUCAGAAACAUUUAUUACAGAGCUUGUUUUUCUUAGUGCAUGGCAACAGUCAGUAUAUUUUGCAUAUUGAUUUUUCUCCCCACAUAAAUAGGCCAGUUUCUGAGGAUCGGGGAGAUGGAAAAACUCUCCUUUUUCUCACAGUAUAGUAGGAGGUGAGAUUGUGUCUCAACUUUUCUUCUAUGUCAAAGUGAACACAGCCUGGCCUCCCUAGGUAGUCUGUUCUGACUGUGACGGCCUGCUUUUGUGGUCAGGCUGUGUCCACUCUGUACGCUCUCUAUCUCCUUUUACACACACACACACACACACACACACACACACACACACUCUCUCACGUACACUCACGUACACUCCCGUACACUCCUUCCCCUUUGCCUUGUUGCCAAGGAAACAUUCUGACAGUCAAAGAUAUCUUCCCACACACUAUACAAAAGGGUUCACACGCACUUUUCUACCACUGGUUGCUGUGUCCUAGACUUCUUGUAUGUCGCAGUGCCUAUGACCUGAUCAACAGAUAAAUACCAGAAGACGUCUGUGAUGGCAGCUGGCACUUGCACCAACAGUGCAAUGGCCAGCCCAGAUGUGGUAGAGCCAGUGGCUCAAAGCUCGACGGCCCAAAACCUGGCCAGAAGGCGCUUUUCGCGUGACGCCCAAGGUCUGAGUCCAGACGAGAUAGAUGGCCUCAUGUCCAGCAGUGAGGGACGUCCCUUCCUUGUGGUGCAUCAUCUUCCUGAAAUAAAAGAGGAAGGGAUACCUCCCCUAAUGCCUGGGAUCCCUAUUACAUGCAGAGUGGAGAACACAGAGAAACACACUACUCGCUCAAAGGUCCAUGUAGGCACCCUAUACACAGUGCAACUAACACAUGGCCACUUCCACUGGACUGUUAAGAGGAAGUACAAGCACUUUCAGGAGCUGCAUCGAGACCUUUACAAGCACAAGAUGAUGCUUCACUUGCUGCCUCUGGGAAGAUUUGCAAAGGAGAGGCAACAGCUGAGAGCCAUGUCAGAGGAAAUGCCCAGCCUACACGGGACUGAACGGACCAGGAGGACCUCUAGCAAAUUGAAAUACCUUGAGGAGUACCUGAAUGGUCUGCUGGAGAACUCAUUUUGUAGGAAUGAUCACAGCAUGAUGGAAUUUCUCUCUGUCGGAGCUCUCUCCUUCGUCACUGAUCUCGGACCCAAAGGCUUGGAGGGACCCAUCUUCAAGAGGUCUGGGGGUCACCGGAUCCAAGGCCUGAACUGCAUUGGCCAUCAUCAGUUCUGUUUUCGCUGGUCACGGCGCUGGCUGGUGGUGAAAGACUCCUUCCUGAUGUAUACGAACCGAGACAACGGCCAUAUCAACUUUGUGUUGCUGUUUGACCCAGAGUUCAAAGUGAAAGUGGGCAACGCUCACACAGACACCAGAUAUGGAGUUUGCUUUGAGAACUUCUCUCGGAGUCUGAUCAUCAAGUGCAGCAACUAUAGACAGACUCAUUGGUGGAGUCAUGAAAUCAACCGGCUGGCAGAAACCUGUGACUUUCUCAAAGUGCAUCGCUUCGAGGGGUUUGCACCACCACGGGAGAACACACUCACUAAAUGGUAUGUGAAUGGAGGUGGCUACUUUGCAGACCUGGCUGAUUCUCUCGAACAAGCCAGGGAGGAAAUCUUCAUCACAGAUUGGUGGCUCAGCCCUGAAGUAUUUCUAAAGCGACCAGCAACUGAAAACUACUGGCGUCUAGAUGAAAUCCUCAAACGCAAAGCAGAACAAGGAGUCAAAGUGUGUGUCCUGCUGUACAAAGAGGUGGAGCUAGCACUUGGCAUCAAUAGUGAGCACAGCAAGAGGACUCUUAUGAAUAUGCACCCAAACAUCAAGGUAAUGCGACAUCCUGACCAUGUGUCCUCUGUGGUGUUCCUGUGGGCUCACCAUGAAAAGAUGGUGGCUAUUGACCAAACGGUGGCCUUUGUGGGGGGGAUUGACCUGGCGUUUGGGAGGUGGGAUACCAACCAGUACCGGCUAACUGACCUGGGAUUGACGGCCAACAGUGUAACCGAUGGGGAGCCAAAAGGAGAUAAAGGAGGUAAUGGUGUGGCUGAUGGUCCUAAACCAUCCGAACCAGAUAAGCAAGCAGAGCAGGACCCUUAUGAUCUGACCUGCAACAAUAAACUGUGGCUUGGCAAAGACUACAGCAACUUUAUCAGGAAAGACUGGGUCCAACUGGACAGACCCUUUGAAGAUAACAUCGACCGUACUCAAGUUCCCCGCAUGCCGUGGCGUGAUCUGUCUGCAGCUGUUCAUGGCAGAGCUGCCAGGGAUGUAGCCCGCCACUUCAUCCAGCGCUGGAACUUCACCAAGAUCUUCAAAAACAAGUACAAGGACGAGUUCUACCCUUACCUUCUUCCCAAGUCUCACUGCACUGCUGACUCACACUCAUUCACUGUGCCUGGAUCCAAGAAGGCCAAAGUGCAGGUGUUGCGCUCUGCCGACCGUUGGUCUACUGGAACCUGUGAAAACUCGAUCCUCAAUGCCUACAUCUACACCAUCGAGAACAGCGAGCACUACAUCUACAUCGAGAACCAGUUCUUCAUCAGCUGUGCCGAUGGGAAGACUGUCCAUAAUGGGAUCGGUGAUGCAAUUGUGAAUCGAAUCUUGCGUGCACACAGAGAGCAGAAGAAGUACAGAGUGUUUGUGGUGAUUCCUCUACUUCCUGGAUUUGAGGGAGACAUCGGUGCAGGAGGUGGAAAUGCCAUCCAAGCUAUUUUGCACUUUACUUUCAGGACCAUGUGCCGAGGGGAGCACUCCAUCCUGUCAAGACUUAGUGAAGUUAAGGACCUGUGGACGGAGUACAUCACACUCUGCGGCCUGAGAACACAUUCCCAGCUCUCCCAGUCCCUUGUCACAGAGCUCAUCUAUGUUCACAGCAAGACCCUCAUUGCCGAUGACCGCUGCUAUAUCAUUGGAUCCGCCAACAUCAAUGACCGCAGCAUGCUGGGCAGCAGAGACAGUGAGAUGGCAGUGUUUGUGGAAGAUGAAGAGCGUGUCCUUUCUAUCAUGGGAGGGCAGGAGUACCAGGCAGGACCCCUCACCCUCGCUCUGCGUAAACAGUGUUUCAGUGUUCUUGUUGGAGCUUCUUCAGACCCAAGUAUCAAUGUUGAUGAUCCAAUCAGCGAUGAAUUCUUCUUCUUGAACUGGAAUGCACCUGCUAAACUGAAUGCCACCAUUUAUGACAAGGUCUUCAAAUGCCUGCCCCACAACUCUGUCCACAACAUGCGAGAGCUGAAGGAGUACUCCAGCAAGAAGCGCCUCUGUGACACAGACCCUGAGCAGGCCAUAGAGGAGCUGAAGGCCGUCCGAGGGCUGCUGGUCCACUUCCCCCUGAGGUUCCUGUGUGAGGAGAACCUGCUGCCUCCACUGGGCACUAAAGAAGGCAUGGCUCCUGUCGGCCUGUGGACAUAACCGCAGCUCAGCCCAGAUCAGACCACUACGUAACAGUUAAAGGGCUGCUGUACCACAUGCUCCUCCUUGUCGUUUCUAAUGUUCAGCACAGUACACUAAAGUAGUUGCAGGACUGACACUCCAAUGGUGAGGAAAACCCAAGUUCUUUAUAUUGUCUUUUUGAGUGACGAUGAGCUAGCCUGAACAUAACCACUGAAAUGUAGAUUUUAUUAUGUAGUAGAUUCACCUGAACUGGCCAGUUUAUUCAUCAAGCAUCUCACAUGAUCUGGGAACAUAGUGUACAUUUAUUGGUGCAAGGUUUUUGGGUGGGUGGCUCUCUCUCUCUCUCUCUCUCUCCCUCUCUCCCUCUCCCUCACUCCCUCACUCCCUCCCUCCCUCCCUCUGAGGCUUCACCUCUUACUGCAGUGCCAGCAAAUCUGUCAGAACAUUUGUGGUUGUUAUGGUGACGGAUAUAAAGAGAUGACUGGAUUGUAGCUGAAAUAAAGACUGGAUAGGGCAGAAAGGGGAGAGUACUGAGAAGAGGGAUAAUAUACUAAAUCAGGAUGCUGUAUUGGAAAAUCAAAAGUAUUAUUGAAAUCGGAUAGAUUAUGUGGAAGCAAAGUCAUUUUAAUAUUUUUGGAUAAAAGAUUGGGUGGGAAAACUGUGAGAGGGGAAAGAAAAGGAGGAAAAGAUAAUUAAAGGGUGCUAGGUUGAUUUACCGUUAAUUGUUUUUGUCUUUUAAAGGCACCAUGACAACCAGAUUGAAUUAUUAUAUCACCAUGUCAGCAGAACAGAACAUUCCACUAUCUACUUCAGCUAUUUCCGUGUGGGCUCCACAAUUCUAAUUAAUACUAUAAUAAUAAAUAAUAAUAAUUCUGUGUCCAGGUGCCAUCAAAUUUCUUGCAAAUCUAUAUUAAUUUUCAUGCACCAGGCUUUAAUUGAGGCAUUACAUUUGGCCAUAGCACUAUAACUGAGUAAUGACAUAAUGUGGCUUUCAUUCAUGGUGCAAUUCCAAUUGAGCAACAUUGAGUCAUAUUUUUAGCCUCACACCACAAUAUAUUUAUUUAUAUAUUAUAUACAAUUAUAUUUUUUUAAAUAUAAAAUUACACCUCAAAACCUGCUAAUUCCCUUUACUGAGCCAUGAGGAACUGUGUUGAGCAAGUGUUGUACUGGACAAAUAUGUAGCAUCCCCCUUUUGAAACAUUGCAUUGGCUGAUUUGGAAAUAUGUAAUAAUUCAGCAGAACAUACAGCAGAUGCUGCCUUCCUCAUAUAGAAAAGCAGGACCUGGGUUACUUUUAUGCAAUAACAAAAUGUGAUGCAUGAUUCCUUAGCUGUAAGACAUGGGUGACAGAAAAAUAGUUUGACCAAGGUGGGAGGAAGUGAGUAAGUGCUGUAUCCUGAGAUUGAACACUUGGGGAAACACAAUGUUUACAUGUUUGAAGGUUUCUUACAUGACACACAUUCAUGCCAAGUUUUAUCAGUGCCUCUGCAAAGCACUUGUAUCAUGUCAAGGUUUUUAGAGUGUUUAAAGAACAACCAGCAAAGAGGCAGACAAUAGGCAGUAUAUGAAAUUUUUGAAUGGGACUUUAUGUUUUAUAUUCCUAACCUUUUGCUGGUGUUCUCAUUGGACUUUGUGGGGGUAAACAAAAAAAAAACAACCUGUUCAAUGUAUUUUAAAGAGACCUGUAUGUUAAUGGAUACUUGAAGUGAUAAUCCAGUUCAUAAUCCCAAAAAGUGGAAAUUUGCUGAACCUAUGACAGAACCAGUGAAACUGUACAGACUUCUUCAUACGCUUUCAUGACAUGCCCACAAGUCAACAACACUACCAAGGUGGUUUCAGUGCAUACGUGUCUGUGAAUCUAACAGAUGCCAAGUGUCCCACGUGAAUGCCGCCUUGCCUCUACAUGUAGCCCCUUUCACAGAGGAGCUAGGAAAACCAUAUGUGUUCAGAAAUUGCUGGCUUCAGAACUAGUCACACUUUUCUUCCGAAGGUCUCAAAAGGCCACUUUGAUCCCAUGCACACUGGAAGCUGGGUAUUUAGCCUCUCUGAUUAAGCACAAAAUGGUUGCCUUGAGGGUUAUUCUUUGUUUAAAAGAUUCAGAAGAAAUGUCUGUGAUAUACUGAGAAGUAACCUUAUACUGUUUCUAUCAUGAAUUUUAUUUUUAUUGAACUAAUAGCCAGCAUUACCAAUAUAUUUUUAUGAAUAUACUACUAAUAGAUGAUUGUGUUUUUAACUUUUCCGUAUAAUCCAUUAACAGUCACCACUUGAAAACCUUUGUGUAUGCAAUUCUUACUCAAUCACUUACAUGUAAGUACAGUCAACUUGUAUUUUCAGGUUUGUUAAUUUUCUUGUUUCCUCAAUAAACUUGUUUUUUUAA